CCCUCGCGGCAGGCUGCGGGCGUCAGGGCAGUUGGUGAUGGCGGCAGCAGGUUCCGCUGCCGUGUCAGGGGCAGGGACCCCGGUGGCGGGGCCCACGGGCCGCGACCUCUUUGCCGAGGGGCUCCUGGAGUUCCUGCGACCCGCUGUGCAGCAGCUCGACUCUCACGUGCACGCGGUCAGAGAAAGCCAGGUAGAGCUCCGGGAACAAAUUGACAACCUAGCUACAGAACUAUGCCGGAUCAAUGAGGAUCAGAAGGUGGCCUUGGAUCUGGACCCCUAUGUUAAGAAGCUGCUUAACGCCAGGCGACGAGUUGUCUUGGUGAACAAUAUUUUACAGAAUGCCCAGGAACGGCUAAGGCGGCUAAACCACAGUGUUGCCAAGGAAACAGCUCGAAGGAGAGCAAUGCUGGAUUCAGGAGUUUACCCUCCUGGUUCUCCAAGCAAAUAAGUUGGGCCUAUGACCUGAGUGUACAAGUACUGUUCUCCAGCUGCUUUUUUUGGUAGCCAUGAGAAGAUCCCAGAAGUUUCUGUCGACCUUAGGUUUGUUUGAACUGUGCACUCGUUCAUGUAGUGGCCUCAAGAAACAUGCACACUGCAGACUUUCCUAAAGAGCUUCCGUUACAGCUUGUGCUUCCAAGAAUAAGCUUCUCACUGUGUAGCCCAGGCUGGCUGAAUGCUGAGAUUACAGGCAUGUACCAGGUGCCUGGCUCCCAUCUACACAUUUCCCCACAGAGAAUGUUAAGGUUAGGCAUCAUGUGUAGAAAGUUCCAAACACACCAGUGUUAGUGCAGGAAUAUUUCCGCUCCUCCCCCUCUGCUUUACCACAGUUCCUCUCAUGGUCAUGACUCUUCCAGACUCAUCUUUACAUAUAUAUCCUAUAUAUUUUAAUGUUUGCUUCUUAGCAAGGGUCACAACUAUUGCCUUCAUCAGUGCUGCCCCAGGAGAGCACAACAAAUGACAUGAAGAUCCAAGGUCAAGGGUAGAGCACAGAAUCCCUAAGCUUUUGUGGUUUGUUAUUUUUUUUUUUUUUAAGCUAUCUAUUUUAAGGGCUGGAGGGAUGGCUCAGUGAUUCAAGAGCACUGACUGUUCUUCCAGAUAAUGGAGUUCAGUUCCCAGGACUCAAGGGGUGGCUCAUAGCAAUCUACAGUUCCAGGGGAUCCAAUGCCCUCUUCUGGCUUUUUGGGGCACAGCACACAUACAAGAUGCAGACAAAACAUCCAUUCACAUAAAAUAAAAACUUAAAGCUU